GUAUCGUAAUUCCGGUAAGCGUGCCCAAACUUGUCUAGACAAUGCGGUACAUAUCACGAAGACAUUCUGCAUGCGUUAUCAUUAUGCAGAUGCUCAUCUCCCUAUGUUUAAACGGAUGGGUUUCAAAUGGAUACGAACUUUCUGAAAGUGCUUGCAAGGAAUCACUGAAGACACUGAAACAGUAGACAAAUGUCCAUCAAACAAGACGCAAUACGAAGCUGCAGAGAGAAAGAAGAACUGUUCACGAUACAAUCACACCACGUGUAAAUCGUUUCAGUAUCACUGUGCAUUCAAUGAAAAUAUGACGGGAUUGGUAGAAGUUUGCACAACAUCUAGAUAUAUUUUGUCUCGUAGAUGUGCUGAGUUCAAUACAGGAUACAAAACUAUACGGGACAGCUAUUCAACGAACUGCACGGGCUUUGACCCUCCAUGUCCUCUGUACUACAACUCAACAGAGACAUACAAAUAUUCAGACUGCUACCGAAUGUUCGAAAUCGAGACCAACACGAUUGGGACAGCAAAGAAGACCUUUGAAAUAAAUGAAGUUGACAGUACUCUUACGACAAAGAUAGUAUUGACUAUAAGUCCCGCAAUUGUCAUGAUUACCAUCCUCAUCUUAAUCGCGUGCUUCAAAGUAGUUUACAGAGUGCCUCAAGAAAAAUCCAAUAUAGCCAAUGAUGACACAGGAGUGCCUAAAGAAAACUCCAACAUGUCCAAUGCUGGCACAGGAAUGUCUAAAGAAAAAUCCAAUAAUGCGUGUUAUUUAGAUGCAGUUUGUUAAAUCUGAUCUUUCUGCACUCAAAAUUGCUUACAAUUUAUUAGCAUAAAAUCAAAAUGUCUAUUGACAUCAACACAACAAAAGCAACACAAAUCAAUCAUGACAUCAAAUAGAUACAUAUUCAUGUCGUGUAACAAUGUAGACUUCAAAAGGUUUAAUGCUAGUAGACUCGAAGUAAUUAAGAGCCAUUCUCUGUAACCACUUAAACAUUUAUAUAAGGGGUCCGGCACGCACUGUUACCGAUUUUUUUCAAAUUUGGCACAUCGACUUAAUCUGGCAUAAGUAAUGUAAAACCAUCAUAAUUUGGUUGCUAUGCAACUCUGUUGCCAUGGUAACACGUGCAUGCCAUUCAGGUCACAAAAGAGUCAAUUUUCACAUGAAAAAUGACAUUUUUUAUUCAACUAUGCUGGAUUAAGCUGUUUGAGUUCUUAUUUAAUCAUUAUAAAAUGAUAAUAUAUAGCAUUUUUAUUAUUUAGUUUGAUAUUUAGUUAAAGGUUUGAAUAAUUCUGUUAUAUUUUCAUUCUGUCUGGAAAAGAGGGUUGUUUGAUACAUUCUGAAAAAGCUAAUUUUGAGGCAAAUUUGAAUGAUGGAUAAAAAUUCCUGCAUUCAGCUUGAAAUCUAUAAAUGCUUGUACAACAUACAUUAGAUAUAGUACUAUCAUAUAACAAUGAGACAUGUUUGGGAAUCUACCAUCUAAGCUGUGUUUCCAUGGAAACAAAAUGAUGCAUUUCCUCAUGAUAUGACAGUAGGGAUGCAUUUUUCAAUGUAAUUCAAAAUACAAUUUUCUAUGUAUUCAAAGUAUAUAAUCUUAAUAACCGACUGCUACUGAUGUUGGAUUUUAAAUUUUAACAAGUUUAAUAUGAGAAUUCAUGUUGGUUGCCAUGGAAACGAAAAUUACUAUUUCUUUUCAAAUUCGAAAUCCAUGCAAAAUAAAUAAAUUUUUAGACCAAAAAAAAAAUGCUUUUAUAGACAGAUUCAACUGAAGUCAAUGUUAAAGUUGAUAAAAUAUUAAUACUGAUAGAUAAUUCAUAUUACAUUGUUGCUAUGGUAACAAAAUAUCACAAAACAGCAAACUUGAUGUUCACAUUCUUUUCAAGUAAAUCUCAUUUUGUUAUACAUCAUGCAUGUUCUUCAAUCAUAAAAACUCUUAAUUUGUAACAUAUAAUUAAAUCAAUGCAUAGUAUUUUUGUUUUAGUUUUUUUUUUCAAAUGUGCAUGAUUUCUAUUUGUGUAUUGUACAUGUAUCACAAAUUGCAUUGUAUAUCUUUAGAAUUCAUCAAAAUAACUACCAUAUUUAGAAAAUGCAUAUUUGAAUAUUUCAGUUAUUUCAAACUAUCAUGUACAUUUUUUCACCUUGCCAAUCGAAUUAAGUGUGACAUUGAAAUUGAAUCAUUGAUCUUAAAAAAUUGUUCAAGUUAAAUAAACUAAAUAGGAUACAUAAA